AUGUCUAGCCAAGCCUUGCCAUCCACAACUGAGAGUGCUAAGGCAGAAUGUAGUCCAGGAUUUAUCGAGAAUACACAACAGAUAGUGGAAUUAGGCUCAGGUUCCCAAUGUUUUUAUGAGCUUCAUGGAUCCGAAGACCCACAGAACUGGUCAAAAUUUAGGAAAUGGUCUAUCAUCGGCGUGAUAUCAGCCAUGACCUUGGUCGUUAACCUUGCUACAGGGAUGUGUACUCCUGCGGCGCCACAAAUCCUCGAAGAGAUCUCGCCGAACGCGAGUAAAGUGUAUAUCAAUAUUGUGGUGUCCAUUUGGGAACUCGGGGAAGCGUGUGGGCCUUUGCUUGCGGCUCCAUUAUCUGAGGUCUAUGGCAGAUAUCCGAUUUAUCACAUUGCAAAUGUGCUUUUCGUUGUAUUCUCCAUAGCCGGUGCACUCAGUACAAACAUUGGAAUGCUUGUUGCCUUUCGAUUUUUCAAUGGAUUUGCGGUGGCAUCAAUAACCUUAAACUCAAGCAUAGUGGGGGAUAUGUUCAUCAUACAGGAACGAGGGAGAGCUAUGGCAGUUAUGGGGAUUGCUCCACUACUCGGACCAGUUUCUGGGCCUCUGAUAGGAGGUUACAUGUCGGAGGCAAUCGGGAUUGGAAUGACCUCUGGUGUUUUCGUAUGCGGCGCUGUGCUGGACAGAUACGUCAAGAAGAUGAAGGCUUCUGGAAACAUGAAACCUGAACAUCGUCUCCUUGUCAUGGUUAUUGGUAGUCCUACACUACUAAUCGGUCUGUUUCUCUACGGAUGGUCAGCCCAGGGACAUAAUCACUGGAUUGUUCCUGUGCUGGGAACCGCAAUUCUUGGAUUUGGAGUCGCUGUUACGAUAGUUCCAACCUCCAGCUACCUUGUGGAUGCUUUUGGCAUUCACGUAGCCUCUUCUCUUGCAGCGAUGGUCACUAUGAGAUGUGUUGUAGGAGCUCUUCCCCCUUUGGCUGGACCAGCUCUGUAUAAUAAUUUGGGUCUCGGGUGGGGCAAUUCGGUUCUUGGCUUUGUAGCUUUGGUUUUCAUGCCGGUCCCUCUCAUACUUAUGAGACGUGGAGAAAAGAUUAGAAUGAAAUCGAACCUUCAGGUCACAUUCUAA